AUGAAGAGGCAAAACUAUUACAAGGCUGAUAAAAUGAUAGUUGUUUUUUUUAAUGGCUACCAAGGCAGAUAUCACAAUAAGAAAUGCCAAAUUCCUUCAGGUGGACAAUUUGACAACAUGGAUAACUUGGGGGGAGGGGGAAUGGGAUGGGAAACAUCUCAAAAUGCCAAUGUAAAAUUAACUUACAGCAAUAUUCACCAGCAGAAAAUGUCUUUCUUAUGGAAUGAUUUCAUGUUGCUAAGAAAAAAUUCAAUUUGUAGUCCUGAUUUGAAUAUUAGAAUGUUGGCUAUAAUAGUUCUGUUCUUACAACACAUGGAAUUUUUUUUUUGUUUUAUUUAA